UCCGGGCAGGCACCACAUUCCCUAGUUUUUCUAACAUGGCUUCAAGGAUUUCCACCAUGAAAUUGCUUUCCCUUGUGUUAUCUUCAUUUGUCAUUGUCCAAAUAGCCCUGGCUGGUGAUCCUGAUAUUCUUUCUGAUUUUUUAGCCCCUAACCAAAACAACGUUGAUGGAAGCUUCUUCACGUACACAGGGAUGCGAGUCCUCGUCAACCAAAGCACCUUCCCUGCAAAUUUCACGAUCCUGAAAGCUAGCAUGGUGGAAUUCCCAGCACUAAAUGGUCAAAGUGUGUCCUACGCCGUUCUUCAAUACCCUGCAAGCUCUCUCAACCCUCCACACACUCAUCCUCGUGCAGCCGAGCUGCUUUUCCUCGUUGAUGGGAGCCUGGAAGUUGGUUUUGUCGACACAACGAACAAGCUUUUCACUCAGAGUCUACAAGCCGGCGACAUGUUUAUCUUCCCUAAAGGGUUAGUGCACUAUCAGUACAAUGCGGAUCCCAAUAACCCAGCUAUCGCGAUUUCUUCGUUUGGAAGUGCAAAUGCAGGAACCGUAUCGCUCCCUAAGACCCUUUUUGCCACCAACAUUGACGACACUAUAUUGGCUAAAUCCUUCAAAACCGAUGUUUCCACCAUUCAAGCUCUCAAGGCUGGUCUUGCAUGA